AAUGCCUGAGGCAGCAAUUUCGCCAAGCCAUCGAAGAUCACACCAAAUUCCAGUCGCCUGCAGAAAACUUGUGAACCCCCUUUGGAACGAAUAACACCACUCACCCCACCUUCGACUCCGUCCCAUCACCCCUCUCAUCAUCCCGGAGUCGAGAAGGACUGCACGACGUUGAACGCGUCGCUGCCGUCAUCACCACCUCAGGCCGCCCAACAUGCCUCCUCCCCCUCACACCCGGCCGGAGAAUGUGUUGAAGCGAGCCCAAGAACUCAUCGGCGUGGGCCAGCAACAGGCCGCCCUCUCCAUCCUCCACGAACAUGUCACCUCCAAGCGCACCCGCAACAGCACCAUCGCGGCCCUCGAGCCGGUGAUGCUGCUGUUUGUCGAGCUGUGCGUCGAUCUUCGAAAGGGCAAGUCGGCCAAGGAUGGCCUCUACAAUUACAAGAACACCAGCCAGAACACCAAUGUGGCGACGAUUGAACUCGUCUUCCGACGCUUCAUCGAACUGGCCGAGCAAAAGGUGCAAGAGGCGCAGCAAAAGGCGGAUGAGAUUACUGCCCAGGGCGCCACUCCCGAUGACGCCGAUACCUCCUUGGCCAAUGUUGGAGAUCUCGAGGCCAUGGAGACGCCCGAGUCGAUCCUCCUCGCCACCGUUUCUGGCGAGCAGAGCAAGGACCGGACGGACCGUGCUAUCGUCACUCCUUGGCUCAAAUUUUUGUGGGAGACCUACCGCACCGUUUUGGACAUCUUCAAGAACAACGCUCGCCUCGAGGUCAUGUACCAGACCACCGCCCAUCAGGCCUUCCAGUUCUGCUUGAAGUACACUCGCAAGACCGAGUUCCGCAGACUCUGCGAGCUGCUCCGCAACCAUCUCCAGAACGCGGCCAAGUAUUCCCAACAAGUCCACGCCAUCAACCUCAGCGAUCCCGACACGCUGCAACGCCACCUCGACACUCGCUUCAUGCAACUGAACGUCGCCGUCGAACUCGAACUGUGGCAAGAGGCCUUCAAGAGUGUCGAAGACAUUCACACCUUGUUGAGCUUGUCAAAGAAGCAGCCUCGCAACUCCAUGAUGGCCAACUACUUCGAGAAGCUCACCCGUAUCUUCCUGGUCAGCGAGAACUACCUCUUCCACGCUGCGGCCUGGAGCCGAUACUACAACCUGUUGCAAGUCUCUGCUCGCGCCGUCGCUGCCGGUGGUGCGGCCAAGAAAGACAACCCCACCAACAUCUCCGAGGCCGACCUCUCCAAAGCGGCGUCGUUUGUGCUCUUGUCCGCCCUGUCCAUCCCGGUCAUCAGCACAUCCCGCUCCCGUGGUGCUCUCAUUGACCUCGAAGCGGCGCGGAACUCCAAGAAUGCGCGACUCACCAACCUCCUUGGCAUGAACUCGCCACCUACUCGAGCGAUCUUGUUCAAGGAUCUGCUGAACCGAGAUGUUCUGCAGCGUGCCAGGCCUGAGAUCCGCCAACUCUACAACAUCCUCGAGACCGACUUCCACCCCAAGGUCAUCUGCAAGAAAGUCUCCCCGAUCCUGUCUCAGAUUGGUGCGGAUGAAGAUAUGGUCAAAUAUGUCGCACCGCUCCAGCAAGUCAUCUUGACCCGACUGUUCCAGCAAUUGUCCCAAGUCUACACGGACGUCAAGCUUGAUGAUGUGCUUGCUCUGGCCCAAUUCCCGGACCCGUUCCAGGUCACUGCAGCGACCAUUGAGAAGUUCGUCAUGAACGGAUGCAAGAAGGGCGACCUGCCAAUUCGCAUCGAUCACGCCACUGGCAUUCUCACAUUCGAUGCAGACGUCUUCUCCUCGUCCAAGGCGCUCCACCCGGGCUCCGCUGCUGGAUCCGCCGAAUCUGACGCUGCUUCCGUCCAACGCCUGCAGAGCACCCCCGCUGAGAUUGUACGCUCGCAGAUGUCUCGCCUCGCCAAGUCUUUGUACAUCGCUGUGCAGUACGUGGAUCCCACUUUCAACGAAGAUCGACAAAAAGCCCGACUUGCUGCGCUGCAGCGUGCCGAGGCUGGGUUCGAGCAGGAGCAUGCAGACCUUCUCGCCCGACGUGAAAUUAUUCAGAAGAAGAAGGAGAAUGCUCAAAGCGCUCAGGCUGCCAAGCAACGCGAGGAGGAGCAGCGUCGUAAGGUCCGGCAGCAGGAACUGCAGGCCGCGGAGACGGAGCGUCUGGCGCAAGAGACGCGAGAGCGUGAGGAGCGUCGACUGUUCGCGGAGCGGAAGCGCGUGCAGCGCGAAGAGACCGAGAAGCAGUUGAAGGAGCUGAAACAGGGCGUGAAAGGUGUGGACAUUAGCGGCCUUGACAUCGACGAGCUCGACACCGGUCGCAUUCGCAUGUUGAAGCUGCAGGCACUGGAGCGCGAGAAGAAUGAGAUGGGCGAGAAGCUGCGUGUUACCGGGAAGAGAAUCGACCAUCUGGAGCGUGCCUACCGGAAAGAAGAGGCCAAGCACUUGCCGGACGACUUUGCAGCUCAGCGCGAGAGCGACCUCAAGGCUUACGAAGUGUCCACGGCGGAAACACUGCAGGCUGCGGAACAGAAGCACAAGGAGGAUGUGGCGCUCAAGCACCGUCUUAGCCGUCUCGUUGCUCCCUACGAGAAAUUCAAGCGCGAGAUUACGGAACAACGCCAUGCCGAUCAUGAGAAGAGGCGCAAGGCUGCCGAGCGGGAAUUGAAUACAAAGAUGGACCAGCGCCGUCGUGAAUUCCGUGAGCAGAAGGUGGCUGAGCGCCGCCGUCGCGAGGAGGAAGAGCGCCUGCGACGUGAAGAGGAGGAGCGAGAGGCUCGCGAGGCGGAAGAAGCAGAGCGCGCUGCGGAAGAGAAGCGAAAGGAAGAAGCGGUGGCCAAGGCAGAGGCGGAUCAGCGCAGGCAAGAACGCGCCGAGGCCGCACGGAAGCAGAUGGAGCGGGAGGAAGAAGCGGAGAGGAGACGAAUGGAGAGGAGGCAAGGCGGCGCUUCUGCCCCCUUCGCUGGCAGAGCGGCAGAGGUGGAGAGCAGUGGUGGCCCACCUCGUCUCCAACUCACUGGCCAGGCUGGAAAACCCACCUGGCGUGAACGCGAGGCCGCCAAAGCCGCCGCUGCCGCUGCCGGUGGAGAGUCGCCUGCGGCUGCUGCUGUGUCGGACGAUCGCGCGGCUACGCCAGACGCCGCAGCUGCGCCACCCAAGAGGACUGGCUACAUCCCCCCUGCGCUUCGCGGCUUGACUUCCCCCAGCGGAGAGUCGCCGCCGCCUCGCUCGAUUUCCCGAGGUGCCGAAGAUGCGCCACCAAAGAGGACAGGUGGAUACGUGCCGCCCGCGCUUCGUGGAGCCUCUGCAGCCGGCGGCGAGUCGAUGCCUGCUCGCUCGGAUUCGCGCGAGGGUGGAGACAGAUGGCAGCCCCGCUCGGACUCGCGCGACGCUGGAGACCGAUGGCAACCGCGCCGACCGCAGGCACCGGCUGAUGGCGAGAGGAGCGAGAGUCCUGCGGCUGGAGGCGCCUACCGUCCACCUGGGACUCGAGGAACGGCUGGAGGGGCUAGUGGAGGUGCCUACCGUCCUCCUGGGAAGAGAUGAAGGGGAGUGUAAAGAUUGGCCUGGUUGAGAGAGGCGUAAAGGGUGGUGGAUGGGUGAACGUUUGAUGAUAAGGUAGACAGUGGUGUAGAGUAGCUGGCGCAAAACAGGUCCCGCAAGAACAUCUCCGUAGCAGUCAUGCUUUCGUGUGUCUUUGAUGUCCUGUAUGUGUUUGGUGUUUGUGAAUCAUGUCAGGCAAGGUUGACGCCACAGGGUUUGGCGGCGGCGGACCCCGCAGUCUGAAACCACGAUCACAUGCAACGCCCCCCGCCAGCGUGGUUGUUAAGCGACGUCUCCAACAUCAUCUCGCACUCCAUCUUCAACUUCCCUUGC